UCCCAAACAAUGUUUAUAUGUCGGCGAACUAAAUUUUCUUUUAGACUUAGUUAUCAGCCCUGUUCCAAAAUAGGAAUUCGAUUAAUUUUGCGUAAGCAUAUUAGCGACCGUUUUGAUAACAGAAGGUAGAAUUUUCCCCUUUAGCUGGUGUGUCUCAAGAUAAAUUAAUUCUAUGAAUAUAUACAUAUGCCAUAGACCAGUUUUUGUAUCCACAGUUUUUCGAAAUGAGUUUUAUCACACCAUAUUCUAUUUUCAUAUUCUAGCAAGAAACGUCAAACUAUUAUGCCUAUUUGUUCUUUAGACAGUACUUUUUUGAAGGAAAAUAGAUUUUUUUCUAUAAUUUCAUUUUACGGUUUUUAGAGUGAAAUUUUUUCUAUUUGAAUCGAAUUUGUCAUUAUGGCUUCAGAGGAACCGAUACCUCCAGAAUUGCCUCCGCAAUCAGAGACAACCUCUACGGACAAUACUUCGGUAGUAUGUGAGGUUUGUAAGCAACUUUUGGUUGAAGGCCAAGAUUGUUUAAUUAUAAGCGCAUGUGCGCAUCCUUUUCACAGGAACUGCAUAGAGACAUAUCUUUCUUCGUCCGCAGAAUGUCCUGUCUGUAAGAGAGUAUGUGACCUAGGCGAGUUAAGAACAUAUAGUAUGGCUUCGAAACCACCCCCAGCUCGAAAGGCUCCUAAUAAUAGAGGCAAGGGUAGAGGUGCCUUGAACAAGACUUAUGAAACUCGUAGUGUGACUAAGAAUCUAUUUCAGGAUGCACAGAAUCCUACUAAUACACAGCCUGCUACCCGGCAGACUCCUCAGCAAUGCAAUAAUACUUCUUUUGACUUUACGACACCUCCACAACAAAACAUUGCCGAUCCUCAGGCAUUGAACUCGAGUGUAGAUUACCGCGAGAUAGGUCGCAUGAUAGAAGAUCAGUUGAGGAAGUUUUUUCAUAACAUGAAUCUGCCACACACUGCGACUUCCAAUAAUAUUCCCAAUUUAAACCGGGAUCCCCGGAACGUGCCCAAUACUAAUGCGUAUUAUCCUUCAGGUAACUGUGUCAAUAUGCCGAGUAAUUUUCCCAACCACCGGCCACCAAAUCCUCCGAAUAUGGGUGGCAGUGAUUAUCCUCGUGAUCCCCGUGAUUUUCAGUUCCCUCGUGCUGCGCAAUUUUCGAGUCCGAAUGCUUCGGGAAGUUUUAGUUCGAUGAAUAGGGACGCAGACAAGAUAACUUCUAUUGUGAAUAAUUGGAAUUUGAAAUUUGACGGCUCGUCAACGGGUCUCAGUAUUGAUGAGUUUCUAUAUCGCAUUAGGACUCUGACGAGGGAAACCUUUAAUGAUGAUUUUAGUGUUAUCUGUAGGAACCUUAAUACACUCCUGACUGGAAAAGCUCGUGAAUGGUAUUGGCGAUACCACAAGCAAGUGCCAGCCAUUACGUGGGAGGGUUUCUGCCAGGCGAUCCGUAGCCAAUAUAAGGACAUGAAGUCCUCAUUCGACCUUAGAGAGGAGAUGCGAAUCAGAAAGCAGAAACCGGGUGAAUCCUAUGAUGCUUUCUUCGAUGCCCUCUCUAUCAUUGCUGAUAAACUGUCCAAUCCGAUGAGUGAGGACGAAUUCAUAGAGAUCAUUGCCAGGAAUUUACGGCCUGACAUUCGUCAGGAUUUACUUUAUGUCCCAAUUAGGUCUCUGUCCCAUCUACGCAAACUCGUGCAAAUGCGAGAGAACUUUCUGAGCGACGAGUAUGUGCGCAGAACACUUUCCCAACGAUCUCAAAACCUGAAUUUUCCACCACGCAGGCAACUGGCAGAAUUAGAUCAGGGUGUUUCGAAUGACACUGAGUCGGACUACACGAUCGAUGCUGUCCAGAGAUCUGAGUCGAUUAGAUGCUGGAACUGUGAUAACAUAGGACACACUUGGCAGGAUUGUCUUGAGGACAGGACUAUUUUCUGUUACGGGUGUGGCGCGAAAAAUGUUUAUAAACCACAGUGUGCCAGAUGUUUAUCUCGUGUUCAGUCUUCUUCUUCAAAAAACUACAGACAGACGGGGCCAACGAAGAACCAAGUCUAGAUGUCGGCCCAUCCCCAAUUCCCGGACUUACAAUUUCAGAUCCUGACUUACCCUCUAUUGAACCUGACCUGUCCAAAUUAGACCCUGAUAGGAUUACCAUUUUGAAAAGGCCCAGCACUUCUGAUGUACAUGAGGAUGUUUCUCGAUUGAUAUACCCCAGGUUGCCCUAUCAUAAGCGAUGGGAAAUAUAUGUUCAAAGGCGAAAUGAAAUUUUUAACGUGUCUAGUAUUUCUAAAGCAAAAUCAC